UUGAAUAGUGAGUUUAACGAGAUGACUCAGAACACUAUCUUUCUCCAUUGAACAAUCUUCCCGAUAGAGAAGAAGGAACGAUUACAGAAGAAAUGGCUAUGUCUUUUGGUGGUACGCAAUUAUUGGGCUCACUUGAUUUCAAGAUAAGAAGCCCGAUGAAAACAGUCUAUGCCCGGGCAUUAGUUCUGAAUAGUAUUCGGAUGAGAUAUUCUACCUAUUUGUUUCAUCAAAGGCCAUCUCUGAAAUAUCCAUCUCCUGUUUAUGCUGUAGUAUCAUCCGGUGCAGAAGACAUUAUUGAAGUUUCUUCAGGUCAAUUUGAAGGCUUCACAGCUUCAAGUAACACGAUCAAUAAUAACAACACUGAGUUAAAGAUAAGUGUAGAAGUUUCUGGGGAUAAAACUCAAACGAUUUUUGACCGUGUGUUCGAUAAGAUGGUUGAGGAUGCUCAGCCAAUCCCAGGCUUUCGUAGAGUCAAAGGAGGGAAAACACCCAAUAUACCGCGAGAUAUUCUUUUAGAAGUUCUUGGACCAAUGAGAGUUUACAAGCAAGUAAUCAAGAAAAUCAUUAAUACCACCAUAGCUGAAUACAUACACAAGGAAGGUCUACAAGCUAGUAAAGACUUGAGAGUUGAACAGAGUUUUGAAGAACUUGAAUCAACCUUUGAACCAGGCGGUAAAUUCAUCUUUGAUGCUGUUGUUCGGCUUCAAGAACCAUCGGGCUAAUAAUUAUGGAGCUUGGUGAUGAUCUAUCUACCUUUAGAGAAGAUGACUGUUGUCAUGUGCUAGGAAACAGAAACCCUUCCUUUAUGUCAGCCAAUUUGGCAAUAUGAAGAUAUCAUUGAAGUGAUCUAGAAAUAGAAUUAGAGGAAGAAGAAGAAGAAGGAAGUAAUAUCUUGUAUGAUUGAAAUUGUUUUGUAUUUGCAAUUUAUAUCCAUUAUAUACAUUCAUUUUGAACAAUUUUGAAUUUAAACUUGGCUCAUAAUUAUUUUUGAUCUUUUGUCUCA